AUGGCAGCUAGACCAGGCGAGGAGAAUGUUGCUACACUGUUCGGCGACAUCCAUUACUACUAUUCCUCAGCCGAAGUAAAACCACGACAUCAUCGCUUCGACAAAGGCUCUUACGUGUAUCUUUUUGAGAAUGCGAACGAUCGCAGAUGUCGCAUUGAGGUCGCGAAUAAUCCUGGGACAGAAGACCAAGAUGCCUUUGAUGGAUUCCUCGACCAGGCGCGUGUGCGAUACUCCUAUAAGCAGCAUUGCAUGGUGUCGUUGACAGUGGCGGACGCCGUUGACCAGAACGAAUGGCAUCUUCCGACAUACGACCCUCGCAACGAAAACAAGUAUCACUACAAACUCCACUCCCUUGAUGUCUACUUUUGGACUCAACAAGAUGCUCUGCAAUUCGUCAAUGGAGUCAGGAGAGUGCUCCCACCUGGUCAGGUCGAGAUACUGGACGAACCGGGCCCUCCACCACAACAAGCUCCCGCCAUGAGCCAUGUGGUCCGGAAACUGGAGGAUGCAGCGAUCUCUGACCCGCGGUACAGCGCAUCGCAUGUGUCGUCUCAGCCAGGCUCGCACGCCGGUUCCAUCCCACCACCGCCUCCGCCAGCCGAUAGUGCACCUCCCGCCCAGCCGGCGAGCUUCGUCCCAAUGGCUUACAAUCCGGCGGCCCCAGCUGCUCCCGAGGCUAUCCGCCAUCGAGAAAAGACACCGCCACCCGAUGAAGAUCCUCUCAACCCACUAGCUGUGGCUGUAGCGUAUGACUACCAUAAGCAGCCUUUCACUCCGGGAUACCCUCCUCAGGCCCAAUUCCCUCCAGGCAUCGCAAGCCCCGGUUUGCCUCCUGCACUGGGCAGCCCGGGAGCUCCGCCGCCGCAAUUCGGGGCUUCUCAACAUCCUGGGAUGCAACGUGCUGCCACGAUGCCGGUGAACGCUGGAAUGCCUUCGCCUGGCUUAUCGAGCCCCUAUGGCGCGGGUUUCCCUGGCGCGCCCGGCGGUGGCAUGCCUCCCCCGCCUCCCCAAUCGCAGCCUCCCUUACAACAACACAUACAGCAGCCGCCGCAGCAGCCGCCGCAGCAGCCAACUCCCCCCGCUGCGAACCCUGGGCUUCCUGGACCUCCGCCCGGUGGUUAUUCGAACUUCUCAUAUAAUCAGGCCGGGCAACAGCGACCCGCCGACCCUGCCUACUCGAUUCAUCAACAAGCCUACCGGCCGACAGAGUCUGAGGCAACGAUCGCCGCGCAAACAGCACAGUAUGGGUAUCAAAAGCCGGAGCCCCGCAGCAAAUUGGAGGAAAACACUGCGAGAUUGGAGAAGGGGGUAUCUGGGAUGUUCAAGAAAUUUGAGAAGAAGUUUGGAUAG